UCGAAUGUAAUCAAGUGUUGAAUCAACGAAUGACAAAAAUCCUUUGACUCGUGCCACUCGCGUUGGAAGGUAAUCCAUAACGAAUGGAUUACCUUCCAACGCAAAUAUUCGACGCUGGACAUUGGAGGUUCGUAGCUUGUCCAUCGACUACACAAUGCGUCGAACCAUCGAGCGUCCAACAUUCGGGGUUGUUCGUAGCAUCGUAUAGCGCCGGCAUAAGCUUUAGAUGCUUUUAGUUUGUAAAAUAAUUAAUAACUGUUACAAGUGGUCUUAAAAGAGAGUGUUAUUCUGAAAACCAUACCGAGAAUGGUAGCAAAGUAUUGUCAUGAUUCGAUGCGUCGAAUGUGAAUAAAACCAGAAAAAUCUGGGAUUGGUUCGAUGCAAGUGGCAAGGGUAAACUGUUCAAUCAAAUGAAUAAAGUAGCUGUCGGCAAAGCUAUUAAAAAAGCUUUUGUUAGGAUAUAUAAAACUGCACUAGAAGAGUGGGAUGGCGUUUUUGAGCUACAUUGACCAAUGCAUUCACCAUCAAGAGCAGAUACUAAAAUCUAUUCUGCAGAAAUUGAGCAGUUUCACUCCCCAGUUAAGUAGUUGUCCUACGUACGACAAAUGCCACCAAGAGUUCAUAACCGUCAACAACAUUUCCGAGAUGGAGCCAGAGUUAUUGAUUGAUGGCCACCAGCUGUCAAAUAAUGAUAACAUUUCCGAGAUGGAUACAAUCGAACAGAAACCCGAAACGCUAAUCAAUAGACAAAAUGGAAAACUCUUAUAUCAGAAAAAUAGACGAAGAAGAAAACAACACCUUAAUAAUUCCGGCUGCAAGAAAAGGUAGUUUGGAUGCUACGCAAAAGAAACGAACGGAGGUUCGAUGAAAUAUCACAUACGGUUACACACAGACCAAGGCGGAUAAUAAGAGUUAUCACAAAAUUAGAAUAGUGUUAUGUUUACUGUGUAUUUAAAAAUGACUGAGUGAUAUGAUCAAUUGAAAUGGACCAGUCUCAGUAGCUCUGACUUUUCGUUUGGCUCGCUAAAAAUGUUGAUAGUACAUUGAAAUAAACCGGAUUUUCGGUUAAAUAAAAUUCCAACACAAGAGUUGGAACAACAUAACUAACCAUCAUGAACGAAUCAGAGUCGAUUCGACUGGAUCUAGAGAUUUCGAAUCGGCUGCAAAAUGAACAUCCUGAACAGUUCGUUACACUCGUCAGAAUGCAUCUGUCGUUCGAGUUGGAUUUGAAUACCGACACAGAAAACGAUCCAACGGGCAUUGAGAAGACGAAAAGCAAAAAGUGGAAAGGAUUCCAUAAGAAGGCUAAAUCCUGUACAUCGAAUAAAUCCACCUCGCCAGAAACUGCAAAAACGGUUCUGACAAAACAGAACAUCCGUGACGUUAAGCAACUUAUUCAGUUUCUUGUACAAGAAAGAAAUAUUUCCCAAGAGGGUAUCUUCCGGAAGUCGGGUUCCCUUAAUCGUCAGAAUGAGCUGAAAAAUUCUCUUACUCAAGGCCUUCCUAUACAUCUUGAAAAGGGAGAUUUCACGGCGCAUGAUUGUGCGAGUGUUUUGAAGAGUUUCUUAGCCGAUCUUUCUGAGCCUCUUUUGACAGAGCUUUACUAUCCAGCAUAUUGCCAAGUGGCGGAGUUUUGCCAUUCCAAAGAUUCCCUGAAGGUUCGGGAAGAUAGGUUAUUAAACGCUAUUCGACUUCUGUUCCUUCUGCUGCCAAAGGAGAAUAAUGUCCUGUUGAAAUGCAUAAUAGAUAUGCUGCAUGAAACCACUCAACAUGAGGCGACGAAUAAAAUGUCUGCCGAUAAUUUGGCAACUCUUUUCACACCCCAUUUGAUUUGUCCGCGGAAGCUUUCCCCAGAGGCAUUGCACACGACAGCACAACAAAUGUCCGGAAUCAUUAGCUUCAUGAUAAAAACGGGUUCUCGUUUGUUUCACAUUCCACCAAAGCUGGCAACGGACAUUCGCGCGUUUUUCGUAGAAAGGAAACGUCGCAAAACGAUGUCCCCGGAGCAUGUGCUGAAUGAUUCUAUUACCUCCGAUUCGGUCGUAAACACGGUGUACACAUUCGUAGAUCGUGUGAAAACUGCCGAAGCGCACGUGAUGAACUCUACCGAUACCGCACUGGCUCAGCUCUAUGCCCACAUUCAGAGUCUACCGGAGUCAUCGAAAAAAAAGAAACUGAUCAAACAGUUCAAUCGCGAAAACGGCCAUGGAACACCUCUGCAAGUGCUGAUGCUUAGAGAGAAAAACUCCGGCGGUUCGACUGUGAAGGGACCGAAAUCGAUAAGUGAUUCCAUUAAGCGGCAUAUCUUCCAUAAAAGCAUUACGUCUAAAACGCCGAAACGAACCACUCAAUCGCGGGUCAGCUUUCAGACCCCAAAUGGAAGUUUGUCGAGUGUACCCAAGCAACGGGUACUUUUCCAAAGCCCAUUGUCCUCCGCGACAAACUCUCCCAAAAUAAUGGCGAAGCGUUGUUCUACGAUAUCCUCCUCGUCGUAUUCGUCAUCCGAAACCACCGGUACCAUCUCUUCGAGUCCAUGCACCACAGUUGGCAGGAGCAGCAGCGGCUCGUCUACGGCAUCCAGCGGUUCAGAACAAAGUGAAACCAGACGAACCGUGGAAUUUGUCGGUCUGAGCGAGACGGAGAACUACGGUGGUGGAAAGCGGUGCAGGAUGAAUGUUGAAAUAGACGAGGAACCAUCCGGGACGGAAGACGACGAGGAUUUUGUAGAGCAGGAGGAUGAUGAUAUUGGCGAUGAAGAAGAUGAUAGCGAACCACGGGAUGGUGGAAGGACUCUUAGUGAUAACGAGGAGGAUCGAUAUUGCUCAGUGGGAAGUCUAAGUGACAGCCGAUCCAAGUACAAAUCGGAGCCUAAUUUGAGCACGAUUACACACACAGAAGACCAUGUACGAUCUUCCAACGGGAAAGAGAAGAAAAAGUCUUUUCUGAAAAACAAACUAAUCAAAGGCGUGUCUAUGGGAAACUUGAAGUUUCCUUUCGGCCAGGAGAAUAGGUCCGGCAAGAAGUCUGCCUCCUCAUCGUUGUUAAAAUGUUGCUUCGAAGAUAACUUAAAAAAUGCAGAGCAGAAAAGUGAAACCUGUUUAGGAGGAUCGGUCGUUUCGAUAGCGUCUCCGAUGGUGUUGUCGAGUAUGUCGCCAAUUUUCGACAAACAUUUUACGGCUCAUGAUGAUGAAUACGAUCAGAAAAGCAUGUUAAGUGAAAAUAACGCCAAUUUGGAAACGAAUGCGUGGAAUACAGGCUACUUGACCAGCACUCCCGCCUUCAGUGGACGGGAUUCCAUGUCACCAAUAACCAAAUCUACUCAACGGAUGCCAAAAUCAAUGCAGGAAUCCAUCAUGACGCCACGUUCGCGUAAGCCCGUCAUGGUAUUGGCUGGGAUGAACGUUAUGGAGCAACACUCCACCUAUGCUAGCCAGGGAAGUUUCUCCAGCCUCCGGGAAGAAGACGAGGAAGAGGCUACCGAGGCGGCGAUCAAAAUUCAUCAAGCGAACGACGAGGCGGAUAGCAUCUCAGGUUCACUCUAUCCAAUGCGAACUAGGAAAGAUGACAGCCAAGCAAUCAACUCAAACGAAAUUGGAUUGGCUCAAGACUCUGGAAUAACGGAGCCGUCUACGUCCGUCGGGGGUGUAGCGAACAGUGCUUUGGCGCACGGUAACGACGAAGAAACUGGUUCUCUUACGAGUACAUUUAGAGAAUACUUGCUGAGCCGUAGCGUUAUGACCGAUAGUCCUGCAGAUCUGUCGUUUUCGAGUCAAUCAGACGAUUUUGACUCAAGCGCCGAUUUGGAAAACAUGAGUGAGUCACAGAUGAGCAAGAGUCUUCUGUUCUGUAUGAACGGAAACAAACCAAUUGAUGAUUGUGAGUCUACGUUGGUUAGUAUACGAAAGCGUCACUCAGAAGAAUCCGAGAACACCCUAUCGAAAAAACAAGUGCUAUCGAUCGAUCCAGAAUUGGACGAAACAUCGCUCUGAUAUGUUAGGAUUCCCCAUGGAAAUUGGUUGAACAAUUUCUAUUAUUGCAGUUAAUCAAAUAGAGUACGAUUAUUUUAUUGUUUCUUAAAACUAGAACCACAGAUUUUAAGAACAGCAAAUUUUGCGAAAAAUGAUAAGACAAAUACAAUAGCCCUCUGAAAGAGAAAACAUAA